AUGGUUCACCGGAAAAAUGAGUACAACAAAAAACGGACUGUCUGGCUACUCGGAAAAAAUUUAGUCGCCGGAAAAGUAAAUCGCCGGAGUUCGCCGGAAAACAAAAAAAUCGGGUUUGCCGUAUAUCAGUGGAAAAUAUGUUCCCCGCAAAACUUGUUGGCCGGAAAACUUAUUCGCCGGAAAAAUGUCGCCGCUAAAACCGCGCCUGAAAAUGGACUACGGGAGGCCGGAAAACGUGGUCAUGAUCAUAAAAACACUCUCAACAACAAUACUACUAAUUCUCCACCCACAACCACGACCACCACCACCAGCUCCGGCGGUGGAGGAAGCAAAAAAAGUAAAGGUAGUAAAGGAGGACCAGACAAUAGUAAAUUUAAAUAUAGAGGUGUUCGGCAACGUAGCUGGGGUAAAUGGGUCGCGGAGAUACGCGAGCCACGUAGGCGCACGCGUCGUUGGCUCGGCACUUUUUCCACAGCGGAAGAAGCUGCACGCGCCUACGACCGUGCUGCUGUUACUCUUUAUGGCUCUAGAGCCCAACUUAAUCUUCAACAACCACCUUCCACCGAUGGGGCCACCACCGCCACCACUGCUGCCACGUCAUCUAACACUUCUUCAUCAUCAUCAUCAUCUUCACGCGCCCGUUCCUCUUCUUCCACCACCCAAAACCUCCGCCCAAUUCUCCCACGUCCCGCCGCUUUUAAAUCUCACGCGCCGCCACCUUUUUUUGACAACUAUUAUCCGUACAGACAAAUAUACCCCACUAGUGAUGGAAAUAGUACUAAUAUAGUAGUACAACAAUAUCCACAACAUCAUAUGCCACACUUUUUGCCAUUUUUAGAUAUAGGCCCCACAUUACCAUUUCUUGAUUCUAACCCUAACCCUAAUAAUCCUAACUUUACAAGUAAUUAUAAUAAUUAUAAUUGUGAUGAGCAUAAAGAAAAGAAGCCACAAGAAGAUUGUGAUAAUAAUGAUAAUAAGAUGAAUGCGUUGGUGGGGUCGAGGUUAUCGCUUGUUUCGAGUUGUUCGCCGCCGAUAGAUGGGGGUGGGGGAGGAGAAAGUAGUGUGUCGGACCCGACGACGGUGGUCGGUGGACCGACAUCGCCUUCAUUUUGGUCGUAUACUCAUGAUGAUGAGUACCCACCACCUAGUAUUUGGGAUUAUGGAGAUCCAUCUUUUGAUUUUUAA